UUUAAGAGCUCGAAUUAAGCGCACUGACGGGGAAUAAAGUCAGACGUCAGCCGAAAACACAUAAAGAUCCUCCAGCAAAUGUGAACAAGCAACCAAAGUGCUAAAAUUAAACUCAAUUUAAUUUAAUAGAAUCAUUAUCGGUGUUUAUACUCGUAUAUUAAAAAUGGCUUGCAAAUAUAAUACACAAAUGAUCCUGCUCAGCUGCAGUUUGGCUGUAGUUUUGAGUAUCUCGGAGGCACUUCCUCGAUUCAGUCGCACCAAGGAUCUGGGCACCGCCGCCAGUUCCCCCAGUUUCGCCUAUGCCCCCAGUCCCCAGAAGCCAAUGACUCUCACUGGGAACUACAACCUCAUCAUGCCCGACUAUUAUGACCAUCAUCCCGCUGAGUCGAUGCAGCUGCAGAACUUUGCCAACUUCUAUGAUGCCCAGUCCGAGUCCGAAUCUGAUCUAGGCAUGGAGGAGUCCCAGUUCUUGGCCAACACUCCGGUGAGACCUCCUCAGCCUUUGAGUCCUCAGGAGAAAAGGGCACGCCAGCAGGUGCCACAUGUGGACAUCCACCGGGAGAAGCAGGCUCUUCGCAAACUGAAGAAGGGCAGCACCCAGCCCAGGGGAGCCGAUCACCAGGAAUGGGACCAGUUCGACUACGACCUGUACAGCAUUAAUCCAGGCAACGGCAAGAAGUACAACUACGACAUCUAGACGGCAUUCCCCGCUAGAUUGACUGUAUAUGUUUAUGUUUUUGUUUCCUCUCGGUUUAAGCUCACAAAUAAAUUAUUUAUUUAUUGUUAACUGCA